CACUGCCACCACCGCCAUGGCUCCAUCCGGGACCGGCAGAUCGUCUUCAUCCUCCGGCCAACGCCGGACGAUCAACCCAUCCAUCGGAGCGACUCGCCGGAGAACAAACGAGAUCUCCGAUCCGGCAAUGGAUCGGCUGCUCAAAUCCGCCAGGACCUCUGGAUCCCUCAACCUCUCCAACCGCGCUCUCAGAGAAGUUCCUGAUGAGGUUUACCAGUGCUUGGAUGCUGUCGGUGAUGGCGAGAAAUGGUGGGAGGCUGUGGAGCUGCAAAAGCUUAUUCUGGCUCACAAUAACAUCGAAGCUCUGAGAGAGGAUCUGAGAAAAUUAUCAUCGUUGGUUGUUCUGAAUAUCAGUCACAAUAAGCUAGCGUGCAUUCCGGCGGCCAUUGGAGAGCUUGCUUUGCUGAAAUCGUUGGAUGUGUCGUUCAACUUGAUAGUGAGUCUUCCUGAAGAAAUUGGUUCAGCUACUUCUCUAGUGAAACUUGACUGCUCAAGCAACCAGCUCAAGGAACUUCCUUGCAGCCUUGGAAGUUGUGUAGAGUUGUCAGAAAUUAAGGCAUCCAACAAUUGCAUACCUGUACUACCAGAAGAACUUGGCAAUUGCUUAAAAUUGAGUAAAUUGGAUGUGGAGGGUAACAAGCUGGCAUUGCUAUCUGAAAAUAUGCUCCGUGCAUGGAUGAUGCUUACUGAACUGAAAGCUGCAAGAAAUUCUCUGACCUGUAUACCUGAUAGCAUAGGAGUUCUUUCACAACUCAUUCGCCUAGACUUCCAUCAAAACAAAAUUUCAUCAGUUCCAUCUUCUAUCAAGGGUUGUUUGGCACUUACUGAAUUUUAUAUGGGAGCCAAUUUACUUUCUUCUCUUCCAGCUGAUUUAAGCGCCCUUUCUCGGUUAGGAACUCUAGACCUUCACUCCAAUCAGUUGAAGGAGUAUCCUGUGGAAGCCUGCAAACUACAUCUCUCUGUCCUUGAUUUGUCAAAUAAUUCAUUGUCUGGCCUGCCUCCUGAGAUUGGCACAAUGACCACCCUAAGAAAGCUCUUGCUUACAGGCAAUCCUCUUCGCACUCUUCGAAGCUCAUUGGUGUCUGGACCUACACCUGCAUUAUUGAAGUAUUUGCGAAGUCGGCUUGCAUCCACUGAAGAAGAAGUGUCCGGAUCUGGCACCAGUCCGAUGAAAGAUGAGGUUAUUACCAUGGCUACUCGGUUGUCAUUGUCUUCAAAGGAGCUAUCUUUAAGUGGGCUAGGACUGACCGAUGUCCCUCCUGCAGUAUGGGACACUGGAGAGGUUGUUAAAGUUGAUCUUUCUAAAAAUUCAAUUGCCGACCUACCAAAUGAGUUUUCUCAGUGUUCCUCUCUUCAGGUUUUGAUUUUGUCUGGUAACAAGAUUAAAGAGUGGCCAGGCACUGUGUUAUCUUCCCUUCCAAAUCUUUCUUGUUUGAAACUGGACAGCAAUCCCCUUUCACAGAUUCCUUCAAAUGGCUUUGAAGCCCUUCGGAAGCUUGAAAUACUGGAUUUAAGUGGCAAUCCUUCUUCUCUUCCAGACCCUCCCUUAUUUUCUGCCUUGCCACAGUUACAGGAACUUUACUUGAGGCGAAUGCAGCUGCAAGAGGUUUCCCCAGGCUUGCUGAGCUUGCACCAGCUACGAAUUCUUGACUUAAGCCAAAACUGCCUGACAUCUUUACCUAAGGAAGUCAAACAUUUAACUUCUCUUACGGAGCUUGAUCUGACUGACAACAAUAUCUCUGCUCUUCCUUCAGAGCUGGGUUUACUGGAACCAAGUCUGCAGGCUUUGAGACUUGAUGGGAAUCCACUGAGAAGCAUUAGACGCCCAAUUUUGGAUAGAGGAACAAAAGCCAUUCUCAAUUAUCUGAAGGACAAAAUUCCAGAGCCAUAACUCAUUUUUUCCGGUUGCUGUUGUUUGAUGGUAUGUUAAUAUUUGAACCCCUCAAACCCACGUAAUGAUCCCUUUGUUGUUCCAUUUUAAUUUUAUUUUUUUCCCCGAGCAAAACUUGGGAGCAAUGCUGGGUAAUGUGUAAAUUGGUCUAACACUUGAGUGAUUUGUAAAGAUGAUUGUUUCGUCUUUCACUACAAUUACAUCAUGCAACUUACAUGAAA